UUUGUGUAGUUGUCUCUUUUCACUUAGCGACGGUGAAGCUAUGGCUAUGAUCAGUGCUAAGAAAGUAUUUUGCGAAUUAGGUAAGUGCAGUAAAUGUAUUGUGUAUUAUAGAGGAGCACAAACCGCUGCUGCUUCUGCUGCACCUCAGUCUCGAAUUAAAACAUUUUCUAUAUAUCGCUGGGAUCCUGAGAAACCUAAUGAGAAACCUCAUAUGCAAAAUUAUGAAGUUGAUCUAAAUAAUUGUGGACCAAUGGUCUUGGAUGCAUUAAUAAAAAUUAAGAAUGAGUUAGAUCCAACGCUUACAUUUCGCAGAUCUUGCCGUGAAGGUAUUUGCGGAUCUUGUGCUAUGAAUAUUGGUGGGGUGAAUACUUUGGCUUGUAUUUGUAAAAUUGAUACGGAUGUUAAUAAACCAUCCAAGGUAUACCCAUUGCCUCAUAUGUAUGUUGUUAAAGAUCUCGUCCCCGAUAUGAAUAAUUUUUAUCAACAAUAUAAGUCAAUUCAACCUUGGUUACAGAAAACUGAUAAUGAACCUUUUGGCCAAAAACAGAAUUUGCAAAGUAUGGAAGACAGGAAAAAGCUAGAUGGCCUGUAUGAAUGCAUAUUAUGUGCUUGUUGUUCUACUUCUUGUCCUAGUUAUUGGUGGAAUGGAGAUCGUUACUUGGGUCCAGCUGUUCUGAUGCAAGCUUACCGAUGGGUUAUUGAUUCGCGAGACCAGGCUACGGAUGAAAGACUAAAUCGUCUGAGGGAUCCAUUCUCUGUUUACAGAUGUCACACUAUUAUGAAUUGCACUAAAACAUGUCCAAAAAGCCUCAAUCCUGGUCGUGCUAUAGGCGAGUUGAAGAAACUGCUUUCUGGUUUGGCCAAGAAGGAUGCACCGCAAAUGACUGGAAAUGCCUAAAUGUUCAUAGAAAUAUAAUGUAGAUAUUUUUAGUCUGAUAAUUUGUAAACUUCAGAUGUUAUUUCUAAAAAGUUGUAUUUCAACAUUUAAGCUAUGUCAUAAUAAAGGUUUAAUCAUGUU